AUGGAGAAUGGAGACUGGGGUGUCGAGGGUGUCGAGGGUGUCGAGGGUGUUGGGGGUGUCGGGGAUGUCGGAGAGGGGAGAUGCAAAGAAGAAGGGAAGUGGCUAGUGGCAACGAAAGAAAAGUCAGAUGACACCGCGCUUCACACCGCCCGGAUUAUGUCAUCUAACCGGAAAUGGGAAGUGCUCACACAAUAA